CCGGGGGACCCCGCGAUGCCGGUCCGCACCGAGUGUCCCCCGCCGACCGGUGCCUCGGCCGCCUCCGCGGCCUCCCUCAUCCCACCGCCGCCCAUCAACACGCAGCAGCCCGGCGUGGCCACCAGCCUGCUAUACAGCGGCUCCAAGUUCCGUGGCCACCAGAAGAGCAAGGGGAACUCGUACGACGUGGAGGUGGUGCUGCAGCAUGUGGACAUGGAAAACUCUUACCUUUGUGGAUACCUGAAAAUCAAAGGCCUUACUGAGGAGUACCCAACGCUUACAACCUUCUUUGAAGGAGAAAUAAUCAGCAAAAAACACCCUUUCUUAACUCGAAAGUGGGAUGCAGAUGAAGAUGUUGAUCGAAAACACUGGGGCAAGUUUCUGGCUUUUUAUCAGUAUGCAAAAUCGUUUAAUUCUGAUGACUUUGAUUAUGAAGAACUGAAGAGUGGGGAUUAUGUCUUCAUGAGGUGGAAGGAGCAGUUCCUGGUCCCAGACCACACGAUUAAAGAUAUCAGCGGUGCUUCCUUUGCUGGGUUCUACUACAUCUGCUUCCAGAAGUCGACGGCCUCCAUCGAGGGCUACUAUUAUCAUCGGAGUUCAGAAUGGUACCAGUCCCUCAAUCUGACUCAUGUUCCUGAACACAGCGCACCCAUUUAUGAAUUCCGGUGACAACGGUUCAGAACAGCCACCAAAUAAAACUUAACUUGGCAAAAAGAGCUUUGCCAAGAAAAUGUGUACCUGCCAGAACCAGGAGGACAUGUGUUCCUGUCUCUUCAGAGUAGACUGCACCAGAGAGCAUGAGCGUGAGCCCACAGACACUGGGAAGCACAGCCGAUGCCGGCAGGUGAAGGGCUCCUCGCUCUGCCUUCCUCUCUGUGGCUACUUGGUCUUAAUCUGUUUUUAAGCUACCUUAAAUGCACUUUUCCUUCUUGCUCAGCUAACUUCUGUAUCACUGAAAUGCCCAUUCCUUCCUCAUCCCAGCCUCCAGCUGCGGAGGACAUCAGCUCCCUGGAUCACCUUUGGCCUUGGUGCUCAGUGGUUCCUACUCCUCUGCCCACCUCAGAGCCAACUGACGGGCCUGGGCCCUCCCCUCCCCAGUCAUUUGGGCUGGUAGCUCAGAGAAGGCCGAGCCCAAGCCACCUGUGCCCUCAGAGCUCUGCGGGGAGCUGGCAAGCCGGCCUGGCCAGCCUAAUCAGUCUCAGUUCUGAUUGGUCAGUGGGGUCAGUUAGUGCCGCCCAGCCAUGACGUAAGCAGCACAAAGCUAAUAAGUGGCUGUGGGUUCCGGGCCUGCCAUGGUGGUCACUGAAUUUAAGGCUUCCAGGUCCCCGGCAGGAGCAGAUUCCAAUCCUGCCUGCUCAGUACCUUUGCUCCAAACUUUUGAACUUGAGGGCAGUACUAAACUUAAUGAAAAUAAGAGUUUUUUAUUACAAAAUUAUUUUUAUGGUCCUUGAACAAGGACCCUUGGCAAAUGCACAAUUAUUCAGAAUUACAUUUUAUCGUUUUCACAUUGAAAACAACAAAUGUUGACUUAGUAAUUUUUAUACCUAUAUCUAUAUGUAUGUGUAUAUUUAAUCAACCAGCAGUUUUGAAACUAGUCAUCCUGGUACAAAAGUUUUGCAGCAUUGCAUAAAUUAUAGUACUAAACACGAGAGCUGUUCGGGGGCCAGUUUAGCAUUUGUACCCUCCUCCUUUUGCUGCUUCAGACAGCAGUCUUCCUGGCAGCCUUCUGUAUCUGGCAGAAGGAGCAGAGGUUCUCCUGAAAUACGGGGGUGUGGGGAGGGGCGGGAAUAUGAACACGCUCAAGUAACUCGAGGCUCGUGCCAAAGUGUGUGUGUGCGCGCUUUGUUUUGUUUUUUAAAUGUUGAAAAAGCUUAAUAGGUUGGCAUCAGCUAUAGCCCACAAAGAUGGGCAGGGCUUUGCAGGGGUUGGCAUUUUCUGGUGGCUUAUAAGACUUCCUCAGAGUACAAGAGGAAAAGCUUUAAGACAGAAGAGCAUUAGAACCCAGGGGAGCAGAGGAACUUGAAGGUUGCCUGUCCACUGGUCUGAGAAAACAAAGCCUUUGGGUUAGAUGAGUACUGAGGAAAUCUUUUUAUUGUUAAAAUAAAGUGACUUUCCUUUUAAUGAUACAGUACUGUAUAUUACUGAGACAGAGUAUUAGGGGAGGCUUACAUGAGACAGAUGUGGAGCAGUAGUCAGCGGACCCUUAUCAUAAAAUCUGUGCAGGAGUGUGACAACCCAUUUAGUAAGGUCAGAGCCUUGGAACCCUAAAAAUUUGUCCUAGUGUCUUAGGUGGGAAAUAACUCACAUCUGUUCCCAGAGAUGAGUCAGAAAAGUUUUCUUGAUUUUGAAAUUUAAAAGAAGACUGGCUCUGGCCAAACCCAGCUGAUUCCACACAGAUGAGCGGGUGGGUGCACCACUGUAGCUGCAGAGUUACCCUGGUGAACUUUGUAUAGGAGUCAGGGCCGGGCCAGGGCUGUGCUGGUUUCUUGAUUCCCACAGGCCCUUUGGUUUCCUGUCAGUUCUCUCUGUGGCCCGCUGGUCAGUAUCUCCUGUGUUUUGCAAGCCUCCUCUGAAGACGCAGGCCCUGCUCAGGGCCCUGGGGGUGAGGCCACCCUCCAGGCUUGCUGGGGGCAGGUAUAUGUGUCUUUGAGGGGUAGGUUGAGUAGGCAGGGAGGGAUAUUUGCAAGAAUUGCUGAUGUUCAGCUAGCCAAAUGGGAAUAAGCAAGGUUCUAUUGUAGGGUUUUUAUUGUUUGUUUGUUUUUUUUAAGUUAGGUGAUGAGAUGUACCAGUUGUGUUGGGGAAAAAUGAAGAAGUGAUACCCUUAACAGAUCUUUUGGCCACAUCUGUGAUGAAUUCUGCCCACCAUGGAUAGGGAAGGGAUUAAGUAUUUCUCACCUCUGCUCAGAAACUCACAGCUGAUUGACAUUGACCCCUCCUUCCCUCAGAGAGCUUACUUCUUCCAGCCAGUUCCCAAAGGAACUUCGGGGAGUUAGCCCCAUUUGUAGUUACUUUUACUCUUUUCUGAACCUUCUCAGUGGUUUACAUGACUCUGCUACUAUGUGCAAUAUUUUUGGUUGACGUUUGUAUCCAUCAUUAAGAAGGUAGUACAGAUUGCAGAUUUUCUGCCAUCUUCCUCUACACCAAACAGACCCGACAGGAGGUGGGUCCUCAGAAUUGGCUGCUCUUCCUCCUUUGCUCAGAAAGCUUCCAUCUGUGCUCCCCCAGCCUGGUCACUUGCCAGGCUGGAGUUAUUCCCAUCCUUCACCAUUAUAGACCGUUUCUGCUGCCGUCCAAAAGUGACUAAACAAUGCCUAAUGCUAAGCAGAAAGUCCGUGUGUGCUGGUUUUGUUUGGGGACGUUGGAAUCACAGACUCCAGAGGAGCACAGAGAUGUUCCAAUGUCUUUGCUUUUAGAAACAGGGAAUUUAUGUUCUCUCUAAGGCCUUGAAUUGAGUUUUUCUUUUCCACAUAAAAUAGUCUGAUAAGCUAAUUUUCUAGAAAGAAACGCCAUUGAGUAUGUUGUAUUGUGGUUUAAAAUUACUAACACAUUCUGAAGAAGAGAAAUAAGAUUUGAUUUGGAAUCUCACAUGUUUUUAAAAAUUAGAUUUGAAUGGGCGCAAGGUUUGACUAUUUUGUUUCUUUAUGGAGGACAUGUGGAAAGAGUUCGAGGGUUUGGAAUUGGAGAAGUAUUUUGCAGAGCUAUCAAUGUCCAGAUAAUUUUUAAAAAUAAAUAAAGGUAUUUAAGCAGUGAA